AUGCCUUUAUCACUACACCUUGAUUCUGAGGGUGCUAGCCAUUUUUAUCGCCAAUUCAAUGUUACAUUUUUAGCGUUAAAAAAACAGAAGACCGGCCGCCCUCUGAACAGCUCACGAUACAAGACGUUGGGCUCCAGGUGGUUUCCAAUUGGUGCCAUUGGUAUUGCAGCGAUUUCCAAAAGUAGAAGUCCUAAACAAAUCCUGUUAAGUGCGAACAAUAACUGUCGGUGCAUUUCCCACGGACAUUUCUGA